AUGGCACCCGCCAGGGCGGCAUUCGUAUGUGUUCAGUGCCGGCUCGCAACACCACGACAGCUGCGCCCGUGGCGGCCACCUGCAAUCUCGUCGAGCAUCCGGCAGCUUCACAGCAGUAGCUCGGCUCGCCGUGCCUCUGUGGCACCGGUCUCUGAAUCGUCCUCGCCAGCCCACGCACCGGCACGGUCCGCCAACGCGCCCAAGGCACACAUUGACAUCAAGCACAUCCGGCAGAACCCGGAGCUGUACGCCGCCAACUGCCUCGAGCGCAACUACAAGGCGCAGGCCGAGUACCCGGCGCGGAUCAACGGCCUGUUUGAGCAAUGGCAGGCGUGCCAGCGCGACGCCCGGUCGCUGCGAGAGCGCUCCAACGUCCUGCGUCGGCAGAUUGCCAACCCAAAGAGCAUCCAGCGCGACGGCGACUCCGGGGACAACCAGCAGCGCAUCGACGAGGCCCGCCGCGUGCAGGCCAUGAGCAAGGACGAGCUGCUGGGCGAGGCACGCGCGCUCAAGGACCAGCUGUCCGCCAUUGAGGCCAGGGAGGCCGGCUUCACGCGGGAGAUGGAGGACCUGGCGAUCCUGCUGCCAAACCUGACCAGCGAGCACUCUCCCCGGGGCGAGGAGCCGCGCCUGCUCACCACCAUCAACGAGCACCCGCACGACACGGCCGCCUCGGACGGCAUAUGGCGGUCCCACGUGCACAUUGGCUCCGAGCUGGGGCUGCUCGACUUUGCCGGCGCGGCGACCACGAGCGGCUGGGGGUGGUACUACCUGGUCGACGAGGGCGCGCAGCUGGAGCAGGCCCUCAUCGCGUACGCCCUGGCCGUCGUGACCAAGCACGGCUGGACGCAGGUCUCGCCCCCGAGCAUCGUCUACAGCCACAUCACCGCCGCCUGCGGGUUCCAGCCCCGCGACGCCAACGGCGAGCAGCAGAUCUACACGCUCGCGCAGUCCGCCGGCGACGCCGCCCGGGGCAAGCCGGAGCUCAGCCUCACCGCGACCGCCGAGAUCCCCCUGGCCGGCAUGAAGGCCGACACGACGCUCGACGCCGAGGCCAUGCCGCUCAAGCGCGUCGCCGUGUCGCGGUGCUACCGGGCCGAGGCCGGCGCGAGGGGGGCCGACACAAAGGGCCUCUACCGGGUCCACGAGUUCACCAAAGUCGAGAUGUUUGCCUGGACCCUGCCGGACGAGGACGAGGCCACCGACGUCUUUGACGAGAUGCUCGACAUCCAGACCGAGAUCCUGCAGUCGCUCGACCUGCACUGCCGCGUCCUCGAGAUGCCCACGGCCGACCUCGGAGCAAGCGCCAGCCGCAAGUGCGACAUUGAGGCCUUCUUCCCCUCCCGCGUCGCCCUCGCUGGCGCGGGCUUCGGUGAGGUCACCAGCGCCAGCAUCUGCACCGACUACCAGGCCCGCCGGCUCGCCACGCGCGUCCGCGGGGCCACUUCCGCUUCUUCUUCCGAGGGUGGCGGCGGCGGCGGGAAGCUGGGUUUCCCUUACACGGUCAACGGCACCGCGCUCGCCGUGCCCCGCGUGCUCGCCGCGAUCCUGGAGAACGGCUGGGACGAGCAGACAAAGACCGUCACUGUCCCCCACGUGCUGAGGCAGUGGAUGGACGGCAAGGAAAAGCUGGGACUCAAGAAGGCGAGGCCAUGA